UCCAAGUUCAAAUCGCCUCAAUAAACUAGCUGGCCCCCUGAUAGCUCCAACGUGCGGAGAAGACUACGAGCAGGACAAAAAGUUUGGCAGGCUGAUUUCAAAAGGACUUUGGCUAGAAAUCGUGAAGCAUGGGUGACUGGAGCUUUCUGGGGCGUCUGUUGGAGAACGCGCAGGAGCACUCGACGGUAAUCGGCAAGGUGUGGCUGACCGUCCUCUUCAUCUUCCGCAUCCUGGUGCUGGGGGCUGCCGCCGAGGAGGUGUGGGGAGACGAGCAGUCGGACUUCACCUGCAACACGCAGCAGCCCGGUUGCGAGAACGUCUGCUACGACGAGGCCUUCCCCAUCUCGCACAUUCGCUUCUGGGUGCUUCAGAUCAUCUUUGUGUCCACGCCGACGCUCAUUUACCUGGGACACGUCCUGCACAUUGUCCGCAUGGAAGAGAAGAGGAAGGAGAAGGAGGAAGAGAUGCGCAAGGCUCUCCGCUUCCAGGAAGAGAAGGAUCUCUACAGGAACGGCGCUGAGGGGGGAGGAGGUGGCGGUGGCGGAGGUGGGAAAAAGGAGAAGCCCCCAAUUCGUGAUGAGCAUGGAAAGAUUCGUAUCAGGGGGGCUCUGCUCCGCACCUACAUCUUCAACAUCAUCUUCAAAACCCUGUUUGAGGUGGGCUUCAUCCUGGGCCAGUACUUUCUCUACGGUUUCCAGCUCAGGCCCCUGUACAAGUGUGCCCGAUGGCCUUGCCCAAACUCAGUAGACUGCUUCAUCUCCAGGCCCACGGAAAAGACCAUUUUUAUCAUUUUCAUGCUUGUGGUGGCUUGCGUGUCCCUUUUGUUGAACCUCUUAGAGAUCUACCACCUGGGCUGGAAGAAAGUCAAGCAGGGCAUGACCAAUGAAUUUGUCCCAGAGCGUGAGUCAGUGGGCAAUGAGACCAGGGAGACUGACAAUGUGACAGUCCUGCCCGAGACUCGAGCAUCUGCUCCCAUUCCCAACCACCCGCCCAACUACACAGACCUGACUGUCGCAGGGAGAGGCGCCUUCAUGCCCCCAACCCACUCCAUGGCCCUUGUUGCAACCCCUGAGGCAGAGCACAAGUCAGACCCUCUUCAUGACCCCUUCCACUCCUCCAUGUUCUCCAGCAAUAACAGCAACAACUACCGGCUACCUGCGGGACAGAAUUGGGCCAACAUGGCCGCCGAGCUGCAGUCUAGUGAAGCCAAGCCGUGCACCCCUUGCUUGUCCUCCUCCUCCUCUUCGUGCUCUCUGAGUAACAUGGCGCACCCCAAGGAGCCCCCUCUGGCCUCUUCCGGCGUGAUGACUGAUGGCGACGCUGAUGGCGACGAAUCCAGUAGAGGGGGGAAGAGUGAUGCUGGUCGCGACAUCACGACUACCACCGUGGAGAUGCAUGAACCGCCAGUGGUCCCCAUCGAUGUCCGCAGGCUAAGCAGGGCGAGUAAGACCAGCAGCAUCAGAGCCAGGCCCGAUGACCUCGCUGUCUAGCCCCCCCUCCCCUACACACACACACCUCCCCCAAGACCUCCCCUCUCUCCCCAUCCAAUCACUCCCACUCAAAAAACAAACACACAUAUACACACACAUACUGUACACCACUCCACCACCUCUGGUUUUUUUAAUCGAGAGAGAGAGAGAGAGAGAGGAAAGUUAUGAAAGUAACGAGAAGAAAAAAUACAACAGAGGCGAUUGAAGAAAGAAAAAGAGAAAAAGGACAGGUUGCUGGAAAUAUAAUGUUCUCUGACAUUAAAUUCUUUUAAAAUGGCUAGACUAUCCAAAAAAAAAAAAAGAAUCAGUGCAAUCGGUGAGUUGUAGUGUCAUCCAAGCAGAGAUGAUAGGCUCUGCAUGUGACAUACACUCACAACUAUGUGUUUGAAAAUGGGAGAAGCAGGUUGACCCAGAAUUGUGAAGGAAGAGACAUUUUCACUAAUUUGGACACUAGCACUAUUAUUUCUUUCUUUCUUUUUCAUUUGUUUUGAAUCUUUUUUCUGAGGAAGAAUUUGGGAGAGGUAUGCACUUCUGAGUCGUGUUUUUUUUCUCUCUCUUUUGUUGUGAUAGAUCUUGAGUUUGACCCUUGUGCACUGGUGUGCCUUUGCCACCACUCUUUUAAUCAGUGUUCGUCCAUAUCGUUUGUGAAUCCCCUGGGUCAUCGUUCAUCAUAAGGUUUCAGGCCCCGUAAAGACCGAUGCUGAAUUGGACGUGCUCACACUGUGACUAUGCAAUCCCAUGGGAACCUUAACCCGCCGGUGUCCUGGGAGCUGGAGCAAAGGAGGAGGCUGUGGCUCUAUCCCGUGUUAUGACAGAUCCCAAGCCAAGACUUGUCUUUUAGGCUUUUCGAAGGUUGUGUAUGAUUGGAAAUAAGGAGGUCUUGUUUUUACCGUCAUUAAAAGGAACAAAAAUAUACAUUCUUACUAUCAUUGCAGUUUCAUCAGGGUAUAUUGGUAUAAAUAUAUUGCCUAAGUAUAAAUGAAGUGUAUAUAUAUAUAAAUAAUAUACAGUCUAGGGCUACAACUAAUUCCAUACACAAUGAUAGCGUUUGCAGUGUGUUAGAGAAGUGCAAGUCCUCCUUGUAACCAAAUUCUGCAGCAGUAGACCUACAGAAUUACAGCUGAUAUUUUGUACAUAAAGGGCUAACGUGUGUGAAGACAUUGUAGGUGCCAUACGGACACGGCAAUAGAAUGGCUUAUUCGUAGAACUUUUUGAGAUUUAUAGCAAUUAUCUCAGUUGUUUGUUGCUGGAGUAUUUCAUUGCCACCAGUAGAAAUGUGAACACACAGGACUGUGCUUUUCUUUGUUAUUUUAUAUUCCUGCCAGGUUAUACAUAAGUAAAAAUGGCUCCCUUACAAUAUUAUUUUCCCAAAAUCAGUUGCAUGACUUCAACUUAUUUGAUUCUAAUCCUUUGGAUGUUUUCCACAGACAGGAUAUAGCUGUCACAAGAAAAUCGAUCUCUGAAUUGCAUUGUCACAAGUGAAAUCUGUCACUGUGAAACUACAACUCACUGAUUCAUCAAAGGCACAUUUGACUGUCUUGGUGUUACUGUCCUUCACAGUAACUGCUUCUUUGAUGUCACAAUGCCACAUGCUUUGUAGAAAAGUGAAAGCUGGGACACCUGGUUGUUAGCACUUCAGAGCAUGUAAUAAUAAUAAUGAUUUAAUUUACAGGAAGUUAUAGAGACAAUAACAAAAAGAAAAAAAUGACUGAAAAAAACAUAAUUGAGCUCUUAUACUCCAUCCCCUCACCCACUCCCUCUUAAUCUUUCUCUCUCUCAGCCUUUCUCACUGUCCCUCUAUUUCGCGUCAUUUCUCCAUGAGCUCCAUAGGGAUGGUUGACUGAGACCAGGGCUGUGAAUGUGCUUGCUGUGCACUACUGUUUUGUUGUGUUCAUGCGCUGAAAUGCAGAACCUGCUGUUUGCAUCUGCACAUUUUGAGUGCCACCCCACACCCUCAAAACCUGGUCUUACAGGUGCUCUUGUCUCAACUCUUGCUGCUGCAGGGCUCAAUUUAACCAAAGAGCACUAUAAAGAAUGAUUUGAAAAUGGGCAUGACAUACCUGGGUCUUGCCAAGGCAGGAGGUGAUGUCGCAAUUUAUCAGAAUAUCAGAACAUGGUAACUCAAGAAGAUUAUCUUAUUUCAAACAAGAAAUAUCAGUGCCGUUUACAUUUUCUAAACCAGGUUUGUGUAAUCAAAGCCAAAGAGCUUUUUAAAGAACCGAGAUUUAAUCUCUUGCAAACAUUUACUUUUGUUUUCUAACUAUACUAUUGGAUAGGCAUUUAGUAUUCAGUCCUACAGUUCUCGUAGCACCCACGUAGCAUUUAAAAUCAAAUCACCAUUAAUUAGGCACUAUAUGUGAACAGCAGCAUUUAAACAUAUGCAAAUUGCAUGCAACACCAUGUUUUCUUUUGAUAAAAUUGCUAUUUUUAUAAAGAAAAAUGAAUAAUUUAAGGGUAUCGAAGGAGAAUAGUUUUUGCUGUCUUUUUUGGAUGCUGAAACAAUUUAUUUGGUACAAAAUGGAAAGGUCAUGACUUUGCAGACCUUUUCCCUCAGUUUUGUCGUGUUGAAUCUUCCAUUGACUUAGUAGUUUCCAUUCUCUACUUCCCUGACUGUCAAGUGUAACAUUGUCUUAGGUCUUUAUUGGAAGCAUGUGCUGUGGAAUUGUCAAUCCCAGUUGCGAUUUGAAAAUGAACAGCUACAAAUCAACUGGUAGAAUAUUAAUCAAUUGUUAAGUAUGACUUCACACUGUGAAGCACCCAUAUGAGGUGUCAAGAUAUAUAUCUUUAAUCCUGUUUUACACCAUAGGAAAAGGAUGAUUUUAGGUAUUUUAGCUGUAUCAGAGAUGGGGUCUGAACUGGCACUUCACUUGGACUGCCUGAAAUGAGACUAAGUUUGCAAACCGUUAGAUUUGCUAAUAAUCCUUGAUAAUACUAAUAUUGAUAUUUUGAGAUGGAUGUAACAUCAUUUUGACCUAUUUUAUUGUGUUAUAAAUACACCAGUGUGUGUUUCUAUGUCUCUCUUUUUUUGGUUCAAAAAGUUUACAUUGCAGUAUGUAGAUUUGCACAUUUAUGCCAAACAAGCUUUUUGACAGAAGCUUACACAGGUGAAUUUGGAGCGUCGGGACUAGGGACAACUGAUGUUAAAGGAGUCAAAAAUCACACACACUGCAGUUUGUGACAUAACAUUAGUUUUUAAAGAAUCCUCCAAUGUUUUACUCGAAUUUGAGGAAUGCAGGAAUGCAUUAUAUUUGUCUUGAAUCUUCCACCAUUGUUUGAAAUGAUCACAUUUGAGUUAUGGCAUGGGGAUUUCUGUAAUGUAUAUUGCAAAUUGCAUGUUUUGUAACCCCUACGGACGGAGGACAACGCCCAUUUAACUAUAGCAAUUCAAUCUGGCAAACACCAUGCAACCUCUAAGCUGAAAAACAUUCAAAUGAUCAGGUUUUUUUUUUUCAGAGCAAGAUCUCUCUGACCAGUCAGGGACAAUGAAAC